GGUACCGAUUCCUAAAACCCUGUGUGGCGGAAGAUUAUCCGCCCAAAUAUGAAUUUUGGGCAACGGGCGAGAAACUGGUCCUCUUCCCUACUUGCUACUUCAGCCUUAGCUGUCUCCCAGGCCCAGCAUUACAAAAAGUCUAGCAGCGAGCAAAUUUUCUCUCUAUUGCUCUUUUUGCGGUGAAAGAAUAUAGGGUAGGCGGACCAAAAGGAAAGAGGAACAAGAAAGAAGCUGAACUUGAAAUAAAAAAAGACUAAUGAGCAAGAGAAGUCAAGUUUCAAUUUCGUUUUUCAAUCAGUCACAGCCUCAACAGGGGUGGCAGACCAGAGCAGAUGAAGAAUCCCAUGUCAUUACAUAUUUCGUCCAGAUUCAGGUGCUGGAGAAGUUAUCCAAACUCCGUUGCCGCCUUCAAAUGUUGAAUAAGAGUACCCAGGUUACUGUGAAGACCAUUAUCUCUGAACCAGCUGGGACCUUCGAAUUGGGCUUCUUCGCUACAGGUAAUAAAUCUCAGAACUACUACAUUGGCAUAUGGUACAGAGAGAUCUCAGAAAGGACGAUCGUUUGGGAGGCAAAUAGAGAUAAACCCAUCUCUGAUAAGUUUUCUUCCCAACUGAAACUCCUAGAGGAUGGAAAUCUAGUUCUUCUCGACUCAUCCAAAACCCAUAUUUGGUCUACAAAUUUGACAUCCUUAACCUUCAAUUCUACGGAGGCAGUGCUUCUUGACUCUGGAAAUCUGGUUUUGAGACACAAACAAAGCUCCUCUACUUUCAUUUGGCAGAGUUUUGAUCACCAAACUAAUAAUUUCUUACCGGGUGCGAAGCUUGGGCGGAAUAAACUCACCAAUACUUCAUAUAUUCUUACUUCAUGGAAGAAUUCAGAGGAUCCUGCUAUGGGGAUCUUCUCUCAUGAGCAGGACCCCGCUGGAAGCUCUCAGUAUUUUCUAUUGUGGAAUAAGUCUCAAAGGUACUGGACUAGUGGGUAUUGGAAUGGGCAUAAUUUCGGCACAGUUCCUCAGCAGAAUGAAAAUAAUUACUUCAACUAUAGUUAUGUUUCGAACCACAACGAGAGCUAUUUCACUUAUAGUGUAUAUAAUAGUUCUUUCAUCACUAGACUUGUGUUGGAUGUGACCGGGCAGACCAAGCAAUUUGUAUGGCGGGAUGGUGUUGGCUGGAAUUUAUUUUAUUCAGAGCCAAGCAAGAUAUGCGAUGUUUAUGCUCUAUGCGGGGCUUUCGGUACCUGCAAUGAGCAAGAUUUGCCCUUUUGUGAAUGUUUGCAAGGUUUUAGUCCACGCUCAACAACAGAUUAUAAUAAUCUGAACGAUUGGUCUGGUGGUUGUGUGAGGACAGACCCUUUACUUUGUGGAAACAAUGUUUCUACAAAUGGGGAGAAAGAUGGAUUCUUGUCCAUGCCCAACAUGACGUUGCCUGUAAAUCCACAAUCUUUGGAGGUUGAGAGUGCACAAGCAUGCAAAUUUGCUUGCCUGAAUAACUGUUCUUGCUCUGCUUAUGCAUAUGAUGAUGGGUGUUCAGUAUGGGAAGGAGAGCUCUUGAAUCUGCAACGACUCUCACAAGGUGACAGUGGUGGAGGAAAUCUAUAUCUCAAACUUGCUGCUUCCGAGCUUUCAAAUUUGGGAGGUAAGAAGAAGGAAUCAGUUAUAGGUGCUAUUGUUGGUGUUAUUUCGGGGGUUGUGCUGAUCUUGGGAUCUGUUUUGGUGCUAUUCUGGUGGUGGCAGAGAAGGAAUGUAUUUGGACCUUCAAAUCAUAUUGAUGGUUCUUUGGUUCAGUGUUCAUACAGAAACUUACAAAUUGCAACCAACAACUUCUCCGAACAGAUAGGUAGAGGAGGAUUUGGUUGUGUCUUUAAAGGGACAUUGGCUGAUUCGACUGUUGUAGCUGUGAAGAAACUUGAAGGCCUCAGUCAAGGAGAGAAGCAGUUCCGAUCUGAAGUAAGCACAAUUGGGAUGAUUCAGCACAUUAACCUCAUUUGCCUACGUGGGUUCUGCUGUGAAGGUACUAAAAGGUUGCUGGUCUAUGAUCUUAUGCCAAAGGGCUCUUUAGAUUCCCAUCUAUUUCAUGAUAAAAAGGGCUUUGAGAUUUUAGAUUGGAAAACAAGAUACCAAAUCGCUAUUGGAAUAGCAAGAGGACUUGCGUAUCUACAUGAGAAGUGCAGAGAUUGCAUCAUCCAUUGUGAUAUCAAGCCCGAGAACAUACUUUUAGAUGCUGAAUUCUGUCCCAAGGUGGCAGACUUUGGCAUGGCGAAGCUUGUCGGCCGGGACUUCAGUCGAGUGUUGACAACCAUGAGAGGGACCAUUGGAUACCUUGCACCAGAGUGGAUUUCGGGUGUUCCAAUCACAGCCAAAGCUGAUGUUUACAGCUAUGGUAUGAUGUUCUUCGAGCUUAUAUCAGGGAGGAGAAACUCUGAUCAACUUGGGGAUUGGAAAGUUAGAUAUUUUCCUAUUUGGGCAGCAAGAAAAAUCAGUGAAAACAGCGAAGUCAUUAGCCUCCUAGACUACAAGUUAGAAGGUAAUGCUGAUCAUGCAGAACUCACUAGAGCUUGUAAAGUUGCUUGUUGGUGCAUCCAAGAUGAAGAUGAUAGGCCAUCGAUGGGGCUAGUGGUUCAGAUGCUUGAAGGGCUAAUAGAUGUGGAACUACCUCCAGUUCCCAGAACUCUCCAGACUUUUGUGGAGAUCCAUGAAGAUGCCACUGAGUCUCCAUCAAAUUACAGUUUGGGAACAUUAACUUCUCAGGCCAAGAGCAGUACGUCAUCGACAAUUUCAUGACAUCAAUAAGCUGAAACAGAAAUGGAGUUCUUAGGCAGUUCACACAAUGGUGUGAGAGCAUAGCAUGUUCUGUAGAUCAACAAAGCUUAGAGCUAUCGUUUCAAAUCUCUUAUUUUGUUCUAUUCACAACUUGUUUCUAUGGUCAGUUAUUUUGUUAGUACAAAUGGUUGUUAGUAAUAAGAAUUAAAAACACUAGUUAAUUAGUGUUGUGUCCAUUAUGUAAUUUCUUUUCAUUUGUUAAUUUGGGACUUCUAUCAAUAAGUAGGAAAAGGUAUUCCACUCU